AUGGAGGAGCAAGAGCGGCCUCGGAAAUUAGCCAAACUGGACCACGACGAAAAUAUCACCCACGAGGUGAUUCCCCCUGCCAUGACUGAAGCUGGCGAUGUUGCCGGCAAUGAACCACAGCCCGCCAGCGCCCCGAUUGGCAAUGAACCUCUCGAUCUCUCUGAAUUUACAGUUCACAAGGAUACAAAACCCACCAAUGAAUCUACAACUCAAGAUGGCGCUGAAGGCGCCGCGCCUGUUAUGUCGAAAAAUCAAAUGAAGAAACUACGCCGCGCAGAGGCUCUCGGGAAAAAGCGUGCGCUUCAAAAAUCCCAGAAGAAGGAAAAGCUCAAGGAAAAGCGAGAGCAGCGCCAUGCUAUGAUUGUGGAGGCAAGGGAAAAGGGUGGCGAAGAGGCUGUCAAAGAGCUACGGGUGUUAUGGCGAGGGAACAAAGCCAAGCAUAUCCGAUCAACACUCCUACCUCUGACACUCGUGAUGGAUUGCGGCUAUGACGAGCUGAUGUCCGACAGAGAGCGCAUUUCACUGGCCGGCCAGCUCACGCGAUCAUACUCAGACAACAGCCGCGCACCCUUCAAUGCGCACAUGAUGUUCUCGUCAUUCGACAGAUUGCUGAAACAGCGAUUCGACACAAUAUUAGCGUCCCACAAAAAUUGGAAGCGUGUUCGCUUCCUACAGGAAGACUUUGUUCGUGCAAGCGAGCUGGCCAAGGAGCAGAUGACAUCCGCGCGAGGAGGUCAACUCGCAGGGCCAUUCGCUGAUCAACCUGAUGCGAAGCCCGAGGACGGAGAAAUCAUCUAUCUCAGCAGUGAUAGUGAGAAUAUUUUGACUGAGCUUAAACCAUACAGCACUUAUAUUGUCGGAGCGCUUGUGGAUAAAAACCGACACAAGGCUGUUUGCUACAAGCAGGCGGUUGCAAAGGGCAUCAAAACUGCCAAAUUGCCUAUCGGGCAGUACAUUCAAAUGGCGCAUCGUCCGGUACUAGCCACCAACCAUGUCAUUGAGAUCAUGCUUCAAUGGUUGGAGCUUCGUGACUGGGGCAAGGCUUUCAUGAAGGUCAUUCCCAUGCGGAAAGGCGGUGCUUUGAAGGAAACCCAGACUGAGGGCGAGGCUGAUGCCGAGAAUGAUGAUGAAGAUAAGAACGACGAAGAACUGGAAGCAGACCAGAUGAAGCAGCUGGAAGACAUCGCAGCUUACGAGGACGGAAGUGAGGAUGAAAAUGAAGAAAAGGAAUAG